GUACUGUGGAUGGGAACACUAUGCUGGUGUGGCCGCCUGUGGUCAUCAUCAGAAACACGUGGCUGGGAAAGCCGGCUGCUGGUCAGAGCCAUUGCAGCAUGAAUACACUUUUCUUUGCACGCACCGCGCUUGACUUAUUGGAGGCACAGCGUCUGGCACAACAGUUUGAAAGGCAAGGGGGCACUGAAGGUGCAGAUGAAGCCAUAUAGGGAGGCGGUGGAGGGGAUGCUGGAACGCAUGAGGGAGCGGGCAGCAGAGGCGGAGCUGUACAAGUCUCAAGCUGCCAAGCUCUCACACCAGCUAUUGGAGGCCCAUACCCAAUUGUCCUUGGCGCAGCUGCAACUACAGGAGGGGCGGGAGAGCAAGCAGCUGCUAGAAUCCUCGCUUUUCAAAGAGAUUGCCAAAGAGUGGGAGAGCAAGCAGCACCUGGAGGCGGCUCUCGCAAGCGAGAGGGAGCAGCGGAUGCAGGUGGAGGCAAAGUUGGUGGCUGUGCUGCAGCUCUUGAGGAUGAGGGAGGUGGAGUUGAGAGUGGUGCUAGAGAGGGGUGAUCAACGGGAGACUCAACUUAAAGAGCAGCUGGAGAGUAUGGAGGAGGCAUAUUCGAGGAGGUUGGAUGAAGCGGAGGGACAAGGGAGAGAGGUGGGAAGUAUGGGAAUGUUGGAGAGGUUUGGUGUGGAUGAAGUAAACGAGAAAAAAUUGACAAAGAUAGAUUGGCACAACGAUUGGGAAAGAAUUGAGCUAAUAGAAAGGAGAAGAGACUAUGGUACAAAAGAUGGCAUCGAAAGAGAAGUUGGGUUCACGAGUUUUAAGGAGCAUGAGGGACUUGGUGGGGAAGAAAGCAAGGAAAAAAACAAGCGGCCAAUCGAAACGAAAGGAGGUGAAGAAUGUAAGCUAAACGAACGGGUUGAACAAAAUUGUCGAUACAUUUGUAAAGGCUAAUGGGGGGGGAAAGAAUACGGAAAUGGAGGGAAUAAGACUGCCACAAAACGGAGAUGAGAGAUUUAGACAAGAAGCAAAAUUUGAAAGUAAAACAGGGUUGAUGGGUGUUGAGAAUCUGGGAGAAAUUGAACGAAAUGUUAAAGAAAAUGAUGAUAAGAUUAACGUAAAAGAAGUUGACCUUGAAACACAAUCAAUGGAAAAACAUAUUGCUAAAAUGGGUGCAGCAAUCAAUGGAGGAAAAUAGAGAGAAAAUAAAAGUCAAAACGAAACAGAGAAAUAACGUAGAAUGAGAGGAAUGGAAGGAGAAGAACAUUGAAAGAAAUUGUUGGAUUUAUGAGUAUUGAAGAAGAAGUGAUCAAAAUCAUAGAAAGAAAGAAAAUACAAAAACCGAUUUUUUUAAACAAGUUCUCGAAACAUGUCUAAUGGCUAAUGGAGGGGAAGGGAAGGAAAUAAAUGGAGAAGAAAAUGAGUCGAGUAGUCACAGAGGAAAAAACGGAAAAGAUUCUGAAGCUAUUGUUGGUGCGUUAGUAGUGUCGGAUUCAUCAUAUGUUGAAUUCCACAUUAUUAUGAUAAUGCUUAUUUA